AGCAGGAGCUUCACCACAGGGGGAGCCCCUUCCGCACCGCAGCUAAAGCAUCAUCGCUGUGGCCAACUGAAAGCAAAGGGACGAGAGAAAUGCAGAGGGAUGUAAAAUGGCAGAGCUACAAAUGCUACUAGAGGAAGAAAUUCCGGCCGGCAAACGAGCGCUCGUGGAAAGCUAUCAAAAUCUGUCGAGGGUCGCGGAGUACUGCGAAAACAACUAUGUACAGGCUCAGGACAAGAGGAAGGCCCUGGAGGAGACCAAGGCGUAUACCACCCAGUCCCUGGCCAGCGUGGCCUACCAGAUCAACGCCCUGGCCAACAACGUGCUGCAGCUGCUGGACAUCCAGGCCUCGCAGCUCCGACGCAUGGAGUCCUCCAUCAACCACAUCUCCCAGACCGUGGACAUCCACAAGGAGAAAGUUGCUAGGCGGGAGAUUGGCAUCCUGACCACCAACAAGAACACGUCACGCACACACAAGAUCAUCGCCCCCGGCAACAUGGAGCGUCCUGUGCGAUACAUCAGGAAGCCCAUCGACUACACACUGCUGGACGACGUGGGGCACGGUGUCAAAUGGCUUAAAGCCAAGCAGCAGGGAAACAGCCAGGCAGGCCGGGGGGCAGGGACCCUGUCCAGAACCAGCCCCCCCACACAGAAGCCCCCCAGCCCCCCGCUGGCAGGACGGGGCACCCUGGGACGUAACACCCCCUACAAGACCCUGGAGCCGGUGAAGCCUCCUGUGGUUCCUAACGACUACAUGACCAGCCCUGCUCGUCUGGGCAGCCAGCACAGCCCUGCCCGCACUGCCUCCCUCAACCAGAGACCACGCACACACAGUGGCAGCAGUGGGGGUAGUGGCGGCAGGGAGAACAGCGGAGGCAGCAACAACGUGGGUGUUCCUCUGGCUGUUCCCACCCCCUCCCCUCCCAGCCUGGGAGCAGCAGUGACGGCAGGUGUUCCCCAGGGUCCUGGUCUCGGUCCUGUCCCCAUGUCCCAGUUCGGCACCAUCUCCCGUCAAGUCUCCCGCCACAACUCCACCACAAGCUCCGCCUCCAUGGUUAGCGCCACGGGAACCUACCGCCGGGCGCCCUCCGGCUCCGCCCACUUCUCCGUCUCCCAGCAACCACCGCAUCUCAACGGAGGCCCCGCCUACCCCCAGAACACAGUGGCUAUAGCUCCUCCUCCUCCUAUGGUCCAGCUGACUCCACAGAUCCCCCUGACUGGCUUUGCAGCCAGAGUCCAGGAGACCAUAACAGACAGCCCGGGCCCUCCUCCCCCGCCCCCCCCGGAGGACGUGGCCCUGUUUGAGGAGCCCUCGCCGCCCCCCCCUCCACCCCCCGUGGACUAUGAGGAGGACGAGGCUCCUGUGUUGCACUACAACGACCCCUACGCCGAGGAAGACGAGGCGUCUGUGGUGAACUACAACGACCCCUACGCAGACACCCACCCCCAGUGGGCGCCCAAGACCUACGUAGAGAAGGUGGUGGCCAUCUACGACUACUCCAAGGACAAGGAGGAUGAGCUGUCCUUCAUGGAGGGUGCCAUCAUCUACAUCAUCAAGAAGAAUGAUGACGGCUGGUACGAGGGCGUGUCCCACGGCGUGACGGGCCUCUUCCCCGGGAACUACGUCGAGUCCAUCAUGCACUACGCCGACUAGCCCCGCCCCCGCCGACUAGCCCCGCCCCCGCCGACUAGCCCCGCCCCCGCCGACUUGCCCCGCCCCCCGUGACUAGCCCCGUCCCUGCCAUCAGCACUGUGGAGCAUAAACAUUUGAUGAGGCUGAGCUGGUCCUGAGGGGUGUUGGCUGAGGUGUGUGUGGGGGGGCGGUGGUAACUAAGGAGUUACAUGAGUGUAGAAUGCAUAUAAAAAGAUUUGAGAGUUGAAAUGUGUAUUCCUGGUGAAGCUUCCUGUUUUCGUUGUAUAGAUUGUACAUACCGUGCCGUGACACGCUGCCUGACUGUCUGUCAUUGGUGUUCAUACUUGUCAGUCUCCAUCAGUGUCCUCUGAUUGGUCUGUUUUAAUCAACGUGAAGCCAUGAUUGGAUAGUUUUGCGACAUUUUCUUUUUAUAUACUCUCAUUUUAUUUAUAUAUUUUGGAGUGCCAUUUUGUACUGCCCUAAGUUUGGCCAACUGUGACUCAAUGAGAGAUUUUACGAUGUUAAAAAGAAAUUCUAUAUUCUGUCAUGAUUGUUUUUCUGUGUUGUCUGCCCACUGGACUGCUCCUACCUGAAGGGCAGCAGAUGUAGAGACUGAUGAUCCAUCACAG